UGUUUACAAUAAAAGUGGAAGAUAUAGUUUUCUAAAAUGUACCCGCGAACAAACGUGUUGCGCGUUGCGGUUUCAGAUGGACGCGUUGUCCCCCGAUAGUGGUCAGGACAGGAAUGUGAGCACACAGACCCUUGGACUGGAAUGUGUAAGUAGUGCCAUACGGUGGGAGGCACAUCAUUUACUUCAGACCACAAACAUGUCCCCCGGCCCCCCGAGAGCAGGCUGAUUGAUGGACCAGAUAUGGAGCGAAGCUGUUUACUGGCUGACGGACUCGCCCUGUCCACUUGGAAGUAGAGAAAAGUCAUAAAGUCAGUUUACACACAAGCGGCUCGAGCAGUAAAUAAGACCAGUGUAAGGGAACGCGGCAGUUUUACCCGUCUGAUAAUUCAUUUUAAAAAUGCACAUGCAAAGAAAAUGCAGCAUCCAAGCAAACUAAACAAGCAGUUGGAUCCGUAAUGUCUGGAGAUGAUAAAUGAAAGAGCUUCAAAAUGCAUGACAUCACCCUGGAGAAAACAGCUGCCCCCGCUGGGUGCAGGUCCUCUCAACUUUGGCACAUUUCUUUAAAAGAGCCAUAUAAGGUGAAAAGAUCCACAGACUAUUAUAUCAACUUAAAUGCAGGAAGUUUUAUUUUUUUGAUACCGUAUUUGGACCUUGGAAGUCAUUAUUUUGCAAUAAACUGAUAACGUUCCCCAGAAACCCAACCUUUGUUCUUAAUAAUUAUCCUCAUCAGACGGAAAUCAUACAAGGCCUCUACCAAGUCUUGUGGAAUUCAAAACAGGAAAAGCCAAAAAAAGUGGGAAGAACAAUGUUGUCUCUCUCUUUCUGUGGAACUGACUUCCUACACUAUGCUAAUCAUUUCCCUUUCCCAUGAUGUACUUCAAGACACGCCGGCACUGCUUCAUCCUGUUCCCACAAACCCCCUCGAAACGCAUGCCAUACUGCAUCACUCCAUCAAAGGGAGGGGAGGGCAACCCGAAUGCCCGUUGUAAGCUGUAGAACGGGACCCUCACGCGGUUGUACACGAAAUGAGCCGGCCGAACCGAAGACAGUCAGAUUAAGACCCCGGUGAAGUCCACAGCAGAGCUCCACGAACCCCUGAAAAUAACAAAAUGAAUGACACGAGAGCCGAUCCUAAACUGCACUUAAAAUAUUCCUCUUCUGGCUCUUCUGCGUGAAUUUCUUUGCAGGCAAAUAAGAACAAGGAGAUAAGACUUGGUGCCAGAGAAGAGCAGGAGCCGGCCUACGUGAGUGGAUGCAAAGAGACGUGGAGAAUGGGGGAAGAUCGCCGUGGUGCAGCCAGAGGCCUCCGUCCCUUCCCGGCACGUGGCGCCGGGGUUUGGGCUUCCUGCCGCUGCUCAUGUUGGAUGGAGAGGCUCCGGGGGAAGAGCUCGGCCCUCAGAAGGAUGGAGGAAGCCCCCGAAGCAAGUUCCAGCGGAUGUCUCAGACGCUUUGAACUGCGACAGAAGGAAACGGAUGGGAGAUGUUCCCGUAUGUUUUUAUGUGGGACUUAAAGGAAGAGCUGAUUAGGAGUUUUUAUCAGCGCGAUGCAGUGACAGCUUCACUGUAUAUACAGUCAAAGGGAUUUAUAUUUGGACAUUUCUCAGUUUAAUCCUACUUUAUAUUAAAUGAAGUACACUCUCUCAAGCAACCUCUAAAUUCAAUGUUUUAUUCAGGCAACAUUCAUGUUCCAUUCGUAAAGCAUAAGGAGACUGUAACCUGAUAUUCAGUCAACCAUAUUUUAUUGUACUUUGACACUUCAUAAAAGAUACUUUUCAAAGAGUGUAACAGGGACCUUGUUUCCAUAUCAGUGGAGAUUUGAUCUGGUUACCUGUUCAUUUGCAUAUGACACCCGCUACUGAAUUACACGUUGGUGCACAGUCUGCAUCUCUCUCACUCAGCAACAUCUGCUGCUUUGUCUCCAUCCAAAAAGAAAUUAAGUUCAAUUUAUUUUUUAUCACAGUAGAAGCUUGGAUAUAUCCAACAAUGUGCUCCUUUUGCAGCUUCAAAUGUUGCUUCGUUUUCUUCAAUUUGCUUUUCCUGGUCUCUGGGGUCGCCCUGAUUGCCAUCGGAGUAAAGGAGCACUCAACCUACUUGCUAUUGGGCACUUUUCUGAUGCAAAGCCUUUCUAAAAUCGCCAUAGUCCUCAUUGCAGUGGGUGUUGCAAUAACCCUCGUCUCCCUGCUCGGCCAUUUGGGGGCAUUCUUCAACAAUAAGUCUAUGGUCUCUUGUUUUGUCUGCAUCCUGGUCAUCAUUAUCAUUUUGGAGGUAGUCACAGGGGCGGCCUUUUACUUCAUCGGCAAAAAGACUGUCCUUGCAAAGCUAAAGAGUUUCGACAUCAAAAUACCAAAUGUGAUCCAUGACUUCAGCCCGGAGAAGAGACAGGCCAUUGACGAAGUUCAGCAAAAGUUCAAGUGCUGUGGUGCAGACGGCCCCGGCGACUGGUCCACCAGCGUCAGCUGGACAAACCACGACGCCGUGCCAGAUUCUUGCUGCGUGGUGAAGAGCGAGCACUGCGGAGAGAACAAGGAGAACGCACACUCAAAGGGUUGUGUCAAGAACAUCGCCCUCUUUAUGAUGAAAAACCUGCUGUGGGUUGCUAUUGUCUGCGUUGUUCUUGGAAUCUCAGAGAUUCUCGGAGUACUGGUGGGGGUGUGCUUCAGUAUGAGCAUGAAGCAAAAAAGCUACGAAAACAUGAGCUGAAGCCUCGUCCCGGAAAAGCACAGCCAACUUCUUGCUCCACUGAUGCUUUUUUAAUCUGCAUUUCCAGCCUGUUCUUUCUCAAAUUUGAAAAAAAGAUUACACAUGUAGUUCUUAUGAUCGUGUCAUCAUGAUCAUCUCUCAUAUGUUUGAAAAAAAUGGAUAAUUAUUGCUUUGUGUUUGCUGUGCGUUUCUCACUCACAAAUGGAAAUAUUUUUGGUCUUUAAUGGCAUGUCAUAAUAUUUAAAUUUCAUGUUACUGGGAAUAUUUUCAAUAAAUGCUUGAUACAUUCUG